AUGACCGCCAGUCUUCCGUUGUCCCAAAAGCAGCACGACGCUGAUAAAGUAAACGCCAAUCUCGCCCUCUCCUCCACCACCAAGUUAGCCCAAUCUUCGAAUCGCUCAGUUCUUUUGUAUCAUUCGCCGUCCCAACCACACGUCUAUCGACCGUUACCCAGCAUACUUGUUGACUUUUUUGCUCUAACUUUAUGCGAUCUUCUUCCCACCCGAAGCGCGAGACCAAGAACAGCUCCUGAACUGCUUUAUUUCAUUCAGAAAAUUACAUCGCAGGCCCGAAUUUCCUGCCACAUUGCCGUUGCGGCCCUUAUCUAUAUAGAUCGAUGUAAACAAAAUCUGCCAAAGAACGCUAUCGGUGAUCAAGACACCGCCCAUCGGAUCGCCGUCGCUUCUCUGCUGGUGGCUUCCAAGUUUUUGCAUGGUACAAGUUGGGCAACUUGCUGGUUGACCAACGCGCAGAUGGCCAAGAUUUGUGUUAUCUAUACGCUGGAUCAAAUCAAUCAGCUUGAGCGAUCAUUUCUGAACCUCAUCAAGCAUAAAUGCUGGGUCGAUGCAGCGGAAAUUCAGGCCUUUUUACUCAAGCAUCGACAAGAUCUCCUCCUUUGA